GUCCCGCGGGCAGCCGAGCCCGCGCUUCGCCCGCCGCCGCCGCCGCGCCCGCCGCCACCGCCGCCGCCGGGGAAGCCGGGGCACGCCGCAGGCGCCGCGCGGUGAUGCGGGGCCGCGGCGGCGCCGAGCCCUGACUAAAGAUGGCCGCGCUGCCCGGUGGGAACAUGGCGGGGGGCGGCCGGGGGGCGCGGGUGCUGCUCUUGCUGCUCUUGCUGCUGCUCGGCGGCUGCCUGGGCCGGCGGCCCCCGGCCGCCGCCGCUGCCGCGCCGCCCGCCGCCGUCGUGCCCCCGCCGGCGGCGGAGGAGACGGUGAUCAUCGGCCUGCGGCUGGAGGACACGGACGACGUCUCCUUCAUGGAGGGGGGCGCGCUGCGGGUGAGCGAACGGACGCGGGUGAAGCUGCGGGUCUACGGGCAGAACAUCAACAACGAGACGUGGUCGCGCAUCGCCUUCACGGAGCACGAGCGGCGGCGGGGCGGGCGGGCGGCGGCGGGGCCGGCGGGGCGCGGCGGUGGCGGGGGCGGCGGCGGGUCGGCGGGCAGCGGCGGGGCCCCGCAGCGCUGCGGCAUCCGCACCUCGGACAUCAUCAUCCUGCCGCACAUCGUGCUCAACCGCCGCACCUCCGGCAUCAUCGAGAUCGAGAUCAAGCCCCUGCGCAAAACGGAGAAGAGCAAGUCCUACUACCUGUGCACCUCCGUCUCGGCCCCCGCCGCCGCCGCCCUGGGGCCCGGGGCUCCCGGAGGGCUGACGGGCGCCGAGGGCCCGGCGGGACCCCCGCCCUGGGGUGAGACCACUUGGAUCUACCAUGACGGCGAGGACACCAAGAUGAUCGUGGGCGAGGAGAAGAAGUUCCUGCUGCCCUUCUGGCUGCAGGUCAUCUUCAUCUCGCUCCUCCUGUGCCUCUCGGGCAUGUUCAGUGGCCUCAACCUGGGCCUGAUGGCCCUGGACCCCAUGGAACUGCGCAUCGUGCAGAACUGUGGCACGGACAAAGAGAAGAACUACGCCAAGCGCAUCGAGCCUGUGCGGCGUCAGGGCAACUACCUGCUGUGCUCCCUCCUGCUGGGCAAUGUCCUGGUCAACACCACCCUUACCAUCCUGCUGGAUGACAUUGCCGGCUCUGGGCUGGUGGCCGUGGUGGUCUCCACCAUCGGUAUCGUCAUCUUCGGCGAGAUCGUGCCGCAGGCUAUUUGCUCUCGGCACGGCCUGGCCGUGGGCGCCAACACCAUCUUCCUCACCAAGUUUUUCAUGAUGAUGACCUUCCCGGCCUCCUACCCCGUCAGCAAGUUGCUGGACUGUGUCCUGGGCCAGGAGAUCGGCACGGUCUAUAACCGUGAGAAGUUGUUGGAGAUGCUGCGGGUCACCGACCCUUAUAACGAUCUAGUCAAGGAGGAGCUCAACAUUAUCCAAGGAGCCCUGGAACUGCGCACCAAGACUGUGGAGGACGUGAUGACUCCCCUCCGAGACUGCUUUAUGAUCGCUGCCGAGGCUGUGCUCGACUUCAACACUAUGUCCGAGAUCAUGGAGAGCGGUUACACCCGCAUCCCUGUUUUCGAGGGUGACCGCUCCAACAUCGUGGACUUGCUCUUCGUUAAGGACCUGGCUUUUGUGGACCCCGAUGACUGCACGCCACUCAAGACCAUCACCCGCUUCUACAACCACCCGCUGCACUUUGUCUUCAAUGACACCAAGCUCGAUGCCAUGCUGGAGGAGUUCAAGAAAGGCAAGUCUCACCUGGCUAUAGUGCAAAGAGUAAACAAUGAAGGAGAAGGGGACCCUUUUUAUGAAGUCCUGGGAAUUGUCACUUUAGAAGAUGUGAUUGAAGAGAUCAUCAAGUCUGAAAUUCUGGAUGAAACAGAUCUAUACACUGAUAACAAGACGAAAAAGAAAGUAGCUCAUCGGGACAGGAAGCAGGACUUCUCUGCCUUCAAGCAGACAGACAGCGAGAUGAAGGUUAAAAUAUCGCCGCAGCUCCUCCUGGCAAUGCACCGGUUCCUGGCAACAGAAGUAGAAGCAUUUGGUCCAUCCCAGAUGUCAGAGAAGAUCCUUCUCAGGCUGCUAAAACAUCCCAACGUCAUCCAGGAGCUGAAAUACGACGAGAAGAACAAGAAAGCCCCAGAACACUACCUCUACCAGCGAAACAAGCCCGUCGACUACUUUGUUCUUAUUUUACAGGGGAAAGUGGAAGUGGAGGCUGGGAAAGAGGGGAUGAAGUUUGAAGCUGGUGCUUUUUCCUACUAUGGGGUGAUGGCCCUCACAGCAUCACCAGUUCCCUUGUCCCUGUCUCGUACCUUUGUUGUCAGCAGAACAGAGUUGUUAGCAGCAGGUUCUCCAGCUGAAAACAAGUCUCCACCUCGGCCCUGUGGCUUGAAUCACUCAGACUCUUUAAACCGGAGCGAUCGCAUCGACGCCGUGACCCCGACGUUAGGGAGCAGCAACAACCAGCUGAACGCCUCCUUCCUCCAAGUGUAUGUUCCAGACUACUCAGUGAAAGCCCUCACAGACAUUCAGUUUGUCAAGAUCUCAAGACAGCAGUACCAAAAUGCCCUGAUGGCAUCCCGGAUGGACAAAACACCUCAGUCCUCGGACAGUGAAAACACUAAAAUCGAACUGACUCUUACGGAGCUGCACGAUGGUUUGCCAGACGAGACAGCAAACCUGCUGAACGAACAGAACUGUGUGACUCACAACAAGCCCAACCACAGUAUGCACAGUGAAGGAGCCAUCUAGGAGCUGACUUCCCACAACCCACCCAUCCCAUCUCCUCAGCAGGACCAGCCCUCGCUCCUUCCUGCCUCCUCCCCGAGUGUGAACACCGUUAGUGUGUGCUUGCAACACUGCUGCAUCCAGUGUUCUGAGACCAAAGACUUUUGCGUCCGUUCUGGGAGCAGAAGAGGAAGAAACAGGAAGAAAGGAGCAAAGAGCAAGAGAGACUAAAGACCCAAACGUAAUUUGGGAAUGGUGAGCCACCCUUGAGAACGAUGAGAAUUCUUCUUGCAAAGUAGAAUUAUGUUUAUUUUUUAUCUGUACUUUUGAUCUUUGUUGGGUUUUUCCUCCUCAAACACAUAUGGGGAAGUUUAAAAGCUCCUCCGUUAUUUUUUCAAGAGAGAUCAUGUUUUUAAAAAGUAUUUUGCAGAGUUUUAAAUUGUUUCUGUCCCCCAUGAACCUCAAAUGGGCUCUGUCAUGGUUUUGUGAAUUGGCUCCUAUGUCCUUAGGCCUCUUCUCACCCCUCUGUGGUCCUUUUUGUUACCCUGUUGAAAAAGUUACUAACUGGUACUUGUAUGUUAUUUGUGUCCUAAGAAGGAGCAAGCUUCAAAGAACCUCUGGUUUCAGCCACCUGGAGGACCAAGAGAUGAUGAUUAUUACAUUCUUGCAGUUAAUUUUCAGGGAAGGAGUGGUUACUUUGGUAUUUAAUAAUGUUUCAAAAUUCAGAAGGUUUCUUUGUUAAACAGGCAAAAGCAUUGUUACACUUACAGUUUUGUAACCUCCAAAACCUUUGUGUAUGUUGAAGAUGAUACUGGGGGGAAGGAAUUCAUUAGCAAAACUGCAGUCCCGUGAAAUGAAAGCCGGGUGUGAUAUUCCACAGUGAAGUAACUGGGUGAUUUUUCAUUGAUGUUCCUGACAACUGCAUGGUGAAGUAAUGUGUGAGCGCUGAGACGCCGAGUCUUUAAACGCUCCCGGGCUGCAGGUGGUCUGUGCAGCGUUAACUUGGCCAGAGCAGAUGGUGCAGCCUUUGCUGAGUAUCAGAACAUCAGUCCCUGUCCCCCCUGUAAUCUCUAAUAUUAACACAGAAGAUGCUGCUACAAUUACAGCCAAAGUACAUGCUCCAGGUGACAGUAAACCUCUGCCAGUGCAAGGAUGGGCACUGCUGAGGAGCCAGAACCAUCCUCUCCUCUCAAAGAGCUGACAAAACUUUCCAGACGCGAGUGUAUUGCACUUCAGGGAUUCAGAGAGGUUCAUUUCCAGGCUGUUCCCAGCCACAUUCAUUCCUUUGAGUGGAUUCAGUGCAUUUCCUUCUCUCUUGCCCCUUUUAACAGCCAUUGUAGGGAUUACCAAGGUAGCAGAGCAGAGAGCCUCCCACCCAGCUGCCACCAGUGCAGGGCAACACCUGCCUUGGGCAGCAGAAACCAAUUCCUCCACCCCAAAAACCUCGAUGCUGAUUGGGUGCCAGCAAGAAGCACCCUAUGGCAGUUGUGCAUCACCCGUUUCCACAGAUGGAGUCUACAUCCUCAAAUGAAUACAAAAAGAAAGUCGUCCCCCACCCCGGUCCUCUCCCCUUCCAAUACUGUCUCAAACAAAAUGGGAACAUCAGUAUCUGGAUUGAUAAAUCAGGCUUUGUGGUUUCUCUGCUUCAAGAUCCUUCUAUGGCCCCUGGCUAUGUAGCAUUUCCCUUUCUUUACACGUGGAUAAUCUCUUUAAGGACAUCCAAAGAAGCCCCCAGCCCCAAAUGCAACUGCCAGAGCUCUCUGUGCCUGCAGGCCUGCCCUGUCUCUCCUGCUCGCGGGCUGUGGAAGGCACUCACUGCAAGCUCCCGUGGUCCGUCUGUGUGAGUGGUGGCUGGAAAGGUGCAAUAUUCCAUUGCAGGAUGUCCCCGUGGGAAUUGGAGUGUGUGGUAUCAGAGCCAAUUGGGUUUGCCUGUCUCCUUCCUCCUCCUCUCUCUUCCAUCUUCACAAAGCAGCCCUAAUUUUUGCUGUCCACCCUGAUGGGAGCCACCCAUGAGGAUGAAGUCCCUGCAAGGGGCAUAGAAAUUGCACAGUAUCCACCUUGUGCACCCAGUGAGGAGGAAACAGGCCCUCCAAAGCCUUGCUCUCUCAUGUAGCUUUUUGACUUUUCCCAUCCAAAAAUGUUUCCUUAGCCUCCAUUCCCCUCUUGCUCUGAUGUGCACCAGCACUGCUGAGAGCACGCGGCUUGACAGCAGCAUGGGCUGGCCUAAGCCUUGCGCCUUCCCAGACAGCUGCCAAUAUUGCACCUUUCUCACAGAGCAAAAUGUCCAGAUGUUACAGCGUUUGUCCGUGGCGAGGGACUCAUCUUGCCAGUUUUUAUCUAUUGUUGCUGAAUGUAAAAGUUUGUUGGAAGUGUUUGACACGGUGGUGAAUUUGAGAUGCAGUAUCCGUUUUGUCAAACCUGCCAAAGGAGGGAAGGCUCAAGUCAAGGCAGCUCUCUCCAGGAUGAGGUUGCUCACUGGAUCUGACUUCUGCUUCUUAUGGCAGGUUAAGGAUUUGUUUCAAUGUCUGUUUCCCUUAAAAAAAAAAAAAAAAAAGGCAAAAAAAAAAAAGCACCAAUUUUUCCAACCAAAGCCAUGUGAUCCCAAAGCAAAUACCUCCUGCUUCUGCCCAUGCUGCACUGUUCCAAAAUUUGCAGGCAGUUUUCUGCAUGACUGUUUUUCAUCAUUUGUAUAGAUCAAAUAAUGGAAAGUGAAGUAAUUUCACUUAAUUUCCAUAAAAUUAGUUGAUUGUAGAUGUGUUUCAUAUGGAAAAUACGAACCUGACCGAGAGGGGUUAGGAGCUGCUACUACUAAUUAGCUUGAAGAACAAAGCAUGGUCCUCUCCCUGGAGGGGAAAAAAUCCCGUCUCCCUGUUCUCAGGGUAUUUACAGUUUUACUGUUUAACAAAUGCGAGGGGUUCCCAGCCCCCCUGGUGGGAACCAUCACAGCAGAGGAGCCCCAUGCCCAGCUCAGGAUCCCUCUGAGCAUUGGGAUGGCGUUUGCCAGGGCUUGGCUCUCCUGACUGCAGUAGAGGUGCCAUGGCAUCAGAUCCGUGCCCUUGCAGGGGUGUCCUGCCCAAGCAGUUCUGCCCCCUCUGCCUCACGGGGCACUUUGCAGCGCUGCAGUGCCACGAGGACACGCGGCCCGUCACCACAGCGCAGGGCACCAGCUGGUGGCUUUGGGAAUCGUUGGACUUGACCUCAGACCUUGGCCAGGCUUUGACUCGUAGAAAGGAUACUGCAUCUUCCCAUGGCAGCUCCUGCUGCUGCCUUUGUUCCCCUUGCCCGUCUGCCUCUGGGUGCAGGCAGCAGGGUGGAUGAUGGCCUGUUGGCCGGGGGAGGCUGGGAGGGCAUCUAGCCAUGGUUUCUACUGUCAAUACAAUUUUGCACAAGAGUUCUUUGCAGUGAGGUUUUCAACACUAAUAUCUUAAAUGCACAACUGUGAAUUAUAUCUUUUACACUCCUGUUGGUUGAAUUUCCUUUAAACAAGAUGAACCCGAAUCUGUUGUAACUAUGAUUUAUUUUUCUAAAUUCUGUGUAUUGCCAAAUCUUUGUAAAGAGUGAAGGAAUGUUCUUGCUUUCCAGCGAGACUCUUUCUCCAAACGAGACUGACUGUGGUGUUGUGGAGAUCAUAUGAAGCGUGUUAGUUCUGAGAGGAGAGGGGCUCAGUGGGGAGCAAACCUGCCUCAGCCGCUCUGUGCCGUAAGCUCAGACCCUUUGGAGUUUACAAAGUGCUUGUUGUUUUAUUCCCAGCUUGUCCACUCCCUGAAAUCCCAGUGCAGCUGGAGACUGCUGCCCUGGAGGAGCUCUGGAUGGGUGAUCCCACAGUGGGAUGAGGAAUGCUGGUGGGCAGGGGCCCCGAGGCUGGUGUGGCAGGAAAAAGUGCUUCCCCCAUCCAGAUGCACCAGGAGAGGAAGCUCCACAGGGCAGAUCCCUCUGCUCACUACUUCUGCUCCAAACCUGUGUCAUGUGUAGUUCCCUCUCACGUUCUUUUUGCCCCUGUAAGCUCCUGCUCCAGACUAAGCAGGAAUGGGAUGAUGGUUGAGGCCUGUGUGGGGGCAGCUGGAGCUGGCUGCUGGAGGUGUGCAGUUCUUGGGUCUGUUGGAAGAAGAGUUAGCUACUCAUUCACAUUGUGCUCGCUUUUCUGUUCCUCCUCUCUUCUCCUGGACUCACUUCCUUUUUCCUCACCACUGGGGGCUUUUUUGUUUGUUUUUCUUCUUUUCUUUAAGUGCCUUUUUGUGUGGGUGGAGCUGGCAAGCGUAGGAGUCUCAGGAUAUGGCCCUUUGCACUCAGACCUGGAGAAAGCUCAGGGGUAGCGGGGUGAGUUGCCCCGAAGGCCCACACACAUCACCCAUCGCUGCUUCUCAGCCUUCGGGGCCCAGCUUGGGUGAGGAUGAGAUUUGGCACUGGUGGUGUCAGGCUUUGGUUCAAAUCAGCUCAAAGAAAACCAAAGAGGUAGCUUUGUGUGAGGGGCUGCUUGGGCAGCGGUGGUGCUUCCUGUGAUCUCUUCAGAGCUCAGCCAAGGGGUGUGGGGGUGCCAGUGGCAAAGAGCAGCCCUUUCCUCCUCACAGGCAUCCUGUGUAAGUAUCCUGUGUGGUGGAGAACACAGCCACAUUGUCCAGGACCCCUUAGAACAUGCAUCUUCCUUGUGCAGAAUUAUGUUCUCUAUAGAAAUCAUUCCCACAUGAAAGGUGAACCCUAUUUUAUACAAUGUCUAAUACACACAUCUGUGGUUUUAAAUCUAGUAUCUGUGUACCAGUUGUCAAGUUAUCCAGUGUCUGGGUUACCAAUAGAAAACUGGGGCUUGGGGUGGGGAAGGAUGCUGCAGAGUACCUCCUCUGAUGCUGACUUGAGGCUUCAUCCCAAAGAUGCCCACCCAGCAUUGAGGGGUCCCUGUGUCCACACUGUGCCCUGUCCCCAGGCAGGAACCCUGGCUGUGGUGUGGUACAGCCCCAGAUGUGCUGCCCAUCCCACCCCCUGGCUCUACACGGGGGCUCUACAUAGACCCACAGACGUACCUGUUCCCUGGAUACUGAGGGUUGGUUUGGCCCAGUGGUGAAAUGGUGAGCUUAACCAACACAGUCAGGCAGCUUCCCAUGGCACAGAUGGGAGAGAAGCCUUCAUCUGACUUAGCAGCAGGGAGGACAGGCUCUGCACCACAGGCUGGACUGGGCAGCCCCUCUCAUCCCUGCUUUUGGUCCAUCAGCUGCAGGUCUCUUGCUGGUGUGAUGUCUCUGGUGAUUCUGGCCUCACUCCCACAUGUGAGCACCACAGGGGACCUGGACAUCCAUGUCUCCGUGCAGAGCCCCCUCAACAAUCCUGCUUGGUGUCUUGCUCUUAUCCUGGAGCCUGGCUUCAUGCUGGGUUGUGUUCCUCUGGGGCCAGUCUCAGGGCUGCAUCCAGAUGAGGAGAUGUUGUUGCUGUGGGUCCAAGGCGGUACAGUUGAGCUUUUCCAUCUUGUGUGUGCCUAUUUUCCUGAGCUUCAGGGAUGGGAAGAGGUUGCUGGAAAGCUGUCUCCAGUCAGUGGCACGGUACAGGUAGCAGAUGGAGUUGUUUCAUAGGUUGGUAGCACUGAAUUCAGUAAAAGUGAUGUUUUCUUCUUGUUAUCCUGAGGUCAGAUCCUAUAGGAGUUCUUCGUGUUGGAAAUACGGUACUCAAAGCUGCUGGUCUUCUGUCUCCAGCUGAAAAACAUCAUUCUCCUCUCAGGUUUUGCCUUUGGGCUCUGUUUUCCUCUGAGCAGGGCUGAUCACUAGGAUCCUGCAGCACUUGGUGCCCUGGCUGCUCUUGCUCCUUCAAGGCAGAUUUCUGGCCAAGGAAGUGCUUGGUGUUUGAUCCUGUCCCAGAAGCAGAGGUUAGGCUGGACUCUGUAGAAGCACCCUGUCAUGGAACCAGGCUAGAGGUUUGUCAGCUGUUGUGAGCCUGAAACAUGCAAAGGCUGCAGUUGGCUCCAGUGCUCCAGGAGUGGAUUUGAUUUCUUUGCUGUCUUCUCCUUCAGAAAGCAGCAUGGCAGUUGGUUGGCAGCAGGGUUUGUUGGGGAGGAAGGGCUUGUUCCAGCAUUUGGUGCUUGGUGUAGUGGUCCAGCAUCCCUCCUCAACUGUUUGCUGAUCACAGAGCUUUAUAACAGACGGUGGUGUUUUAUCCUCUGGGCAUCACUGGUGAACCAAAUGCUUCCAAAUACAAGUGAAAAAACUAGUUGGUGUCAGAUGCCUUUAGUUGGAAGUGCCAAUAUGGAAUGCAUGUCCCAAAGGUCGCUGUGGGAGAGUGAGGGGUUCCUGAUGAGCUCCUCUUCUCAGAAGUGACAGACUGGUCAGGCCUAGAUCAGCUCUAGUGUUAUUCCUGCUUUAAAGUCUCAGGUCCAGCAGGCUGGGCUGGGCUGGCUUGGCUUGGCUUGGCUUGGCUUGGCUGGCAGGUUUUCACCCAGGGUACGCUCUCUGUCCUUCUGCACUGUGCUGGCUUGGAUUCAGCACUGUGGCCUCUGUGACAGCUGUGUUCACAUCACAGCUGCUUCUCUGCUUCACUCACUGGGCUUUAAUUGAGUGUUCAGCAAGGUGAGAAGGAGGAGCAGUAGUGAGGAACGGGCCAUGCUGCAGCCAUUCUGGCUUCAUUUCUCACACUGAGCGUAGGAGAUGCUGCUCAAGGGACUCUGCCUUCCUCGGAGAUUACAUGGAACUUGGAGCUUUGAAUCCCCCCAGGACCCCUGCAGCAGUGCUGUGGUCUCAUUUGAUCCAUGUUCUCCUGAGCACAAGGGUGGCUUACCAGUAGUUCAGGGUCAGGCCCUGCUGAGGGACCUCAGAGCUCUUGGCAUUUUUUUUUUUCUCCAGCAGAGCCAGCCUUGACACCUGAAUCACUGGGCAGGUGCCUGGAUGCCAAACACAGUGAAUCUGAAACCCUAAAUACUUGAGAUGUGUUUCUGGAAGCCACGAGCAGCUGAUGCUCAGCAGCCAGAGGUCUCACACCAAACCUUUCUCCUUCCUGGCUGCCCCGAGCCCUGCCCUGGCUGCUGCUGGCUCGGCCUUGGUCCCCCCAUUCCAGAGCAUGGUGGCUCUCCCUUUGCAGUGCAUUUUCAUGGCUGUCUGAUCCCACUCCAGCCAGCUUUUCCCUGUGUCUUAUUUGCCAUCGUAUGUGGUCUUUGCGAAUUGUAUCAUAUUGUACAUGACUUCGGGUUUCCAGAGUUGUAGUAUUCUGACUACAGUAUUUCCGUGUGUGUACAUAAACCUGAAUAAGCACAACUGAAAUCCUGAAUGAAGUGUAUACGUUUCAUAUACUGAUUGUCAUACAAAUUAAUUUUAUAAUUAUUCCGAUUUUGUUGUAGAUUUCCAAUCUUUCCUAUUUAUUUUGUACCAGAUUUAUUUGUAUAUUUUGUGAUUUUGUUUUAAAGCAUUUUGUUUAUUUCUAUUCUUUUUAGAUAAAUGAUGAUUUUUUUUUUUUCUGUUGAACAUUCCAGUUUAUGCAUUUUUCCCUCCUCUAUGCUCUCCCCUCAUUUCCAAGGGACAGAUUUUGGCAUGUGGGUGGUGGGGCUGAUGUCUGUGAUCCUGUACCCAGAUCUCUCCUACUGGCACAUUUAACAGUCUUUAAUCUCCACUUCGGCUGCCGGGAGCCGCACAGAGGCUGGAUCGUGUUCCUUCAGAGGCAGGUGUUGCUCCUCGCUUUGGUGGGUCUGCGCCUCAAGACUGGAGGACUUUCCUCAGUCCUCAAGCUGGGGAGGGCCGUGCUGCUGGCUUUGCUGAUCAGGGGCUGGCUGGGAAGCUGGUGGCAAUGGCAAGCAGCUGACUUUUUGAAGUUCCCUCAAGGGUGAGGGUCUUUUUCUUUCCGUAAUAAAAACCCCUUAUUUACAA